UAUCAUUAAUUAUUUAUUUUCAAAAUAUAAUAUUAAGGCGACAAGUCAAAAUAUGGCAAAAGGAAGGAAGGAAUAAAGAAAAGAAGACCAAAAGUUUUGGACAUUGUAGAUUAGUCCCAUCACUGAUCUACGUGAGUGUGAGAUUCUUAUCCCUUUGCAAGUCGGAGACAGCUUCUCUCUUACUGCAGCCAUGGAGGGUAUGAUUCAAAGUUCAGUCCCUCAAUAUUCCAAGCCCUUCCACAGCUUAGCGACAAUGGCAAGAUCAGUUCCGAAUCCAAGAAUAAUAGCAAUGCACAGGCGAAGACACAGAAUUCCACAAUUAACUUCUCAUUCUUUUCUACCUUUCAUUUCUUCUUCUCCAACGGGUAGCACAGUUUCUUUUGCAACACCUGAGGUGGGAGUUAGCAAUACUGAAACGCCUGAAUGGGCCAUGCAAGAUUUCUAUACUUUAAGGAAGGAUGUAGAGACUGUCUUAGAGCGUGUUGAGGAGAUCAGAGCUGCUGCCGGUCUAAAGCAAUUACAGGAAGAUCUUGCUGCUUUAGAAGCAGCAGCGACUGAUAGCGCUCUCUGGGAUAAUCGUGCUACUGCUCAGGAAACACUUCAGGCUUUAACUGAUUGCAAAGACAAAUUAAAGCUUCUUCAUGACUUCAAGACACAGGCUGAUGAUGCAGAGACAAUUAUUAAGCUCACCGAAGAGAUGGAAUCAAUUGAUUCAGCACUUCUUCAGGAGGCCUCUGGUAUCAUAAAGGAAUUGAACAAGGCACUGGAUCGUUUUGAGUUGACUCAACUUCUUUCAGGCCCCUAUGAUAAAGAAGCUGCUGUGAUUACUAUCACAGCUGGUGCGGGUGGCACUGAUGCACAGGAUUGGGCUGAUAUGCUUCUCAGGAUGUAUGUGAGAUGGGGGGAAAAGCAGCGGUAUGAAACAAAAGUUGUUGAGAAGUCUGUGGGAGAAGAAGCUGGGAUCAAGUCAGCCACUAUUGAAAUUGAAGGCCGGUAUGCGUAUGGUUACCUGUCUGGGGAGAAAGGAACCCACAGGAUUGUUCGACAAUCACCCUUCAAUGCUAAAGGCCUUCGUCAGACAAGCUUCUCAGGCGUUGAGGUGAUGCCUCUUCUUCCUGAAGACUCAACAGAUGUUGAAAUUCCUGAAGAAGACUUGGAUAUCAGCUUUACAAGAGCAGGGGGAAAGGGAGGUCAAAAUGUUAACAAGGUUGAGACUGCAGUUCGCAUCACUCAUAUUCCCACUGGUGUAGCUGUUCGCUGUACAGAGGAGAGGACACAGCUAGCAAAUAAGAUCAAAGCUCUAAGCAGAUUAAAGGCUAAAUUGUUGGUGAUUGCUGAGGAACAAAGGGCAUGUGAAAUAAAGCAAAUAAGAGGAAAUGCAGUGAAGGCCGAAUGGGGCCAGCAAAUAAGAAACUAUGUCUUCCAUCCUUACAAGCUGGUAAAAGAUGUAAGGACUGCUUAUGAAACUUCUGAUAUCACUUCUGUAAUGGAUGGUGAGUUGGAUCCUUUUAUCAAGGCGUACCUUAAGCACAAGUACAGUAUGACAGCAAAUCCUAGUGGUCUCAGCUGAUUCAUUUUUUUCUAAAAACAUUCUAGAGUUGAAAAGAAAAUUCUGUAAAUGAAUCACUACAAUAUCUUUAAUGUUCUUGUACCUUGUCUCUGUGUUUGGUUGUCUCUGAAUAAUGAUAAAUUCGGAUUCCUUUUUUUUUU